GCAUGUCUGAGCCACUGCCUGGGGGCCCGUAGGCUUGAGCUCGGAAAGGAUGGGGACCCGCUGCCCAGCGCCAUGAGGACCAACCGCUGCAGCCACCUGCCUGGAGUGCCUCCAGAUCAUCCACACCCUGCAGCCCCUGAUGGGAAGAGCCUGCCUGGCAGCAGCGGGGGCCUGGCCACCAGCUGUCCCCAGUAUGUCAUGCAGGUGUCCUCCAAGGAUGGGCAGCUGCUCUCGUCCGUGGUGCGGAACCUGGCCGUGCAGAGCAGCUCCUUCAAUGACCGGCCCAUCUGCAGGAUCUGCCACGAGGGCAGCAGCCACGAGGAGCUGCUGUCCCCCUGUGAGUGCACGGGGACCUUGGGGACCAUUCACCGCAGCUGCCUGGAGCGCUGGCUGUCCUCCUCCAACACCAGCUACUGUGAGCUCUGCCACUUCAGGUUUGCAGUGGAGCGCAAGCCCAGGCCACUGGUGGAGUGGCUGAGGAACCCGGGCCCCCAGCACGAGAAGAGGACCCUCUUUGGGGACAUGGUGUGCUUCUUGUUCAUCACCCCGCUGGCCACCGUCUCUGGCUGGCUGUGCCUGCGAGGAGCCGUGGACCACCUGCACUUUAGCAGUAGGCUGGAAGCUGUUGGCCUCAUUGCACUCACUGUGGCACUCUUCACUAUUUACCUCUUUUGGACCCUGGUGUCCUUCAGGUACCACUGCCGGCUGUACCACGAGUGGCGUCGGAACAAUCAGCGGGUGAUGCUCCGCAUCCCAAAAUCUGCCAACGUCCCCUGCACCCAGCAGUCCCUGCUGGGCCUGCAGCCCCUCAAAAGGAGCUCCAAGGAGACAAUCGUGUGAUUUGGGGUGCAGCUGCGCACUAAAGGAGGUUUGUUUUUCCUCAGACCCAUCGGGGUCGGGCACCCAGAACCCAGGAAUGUGCAAUUUGGAUUUACAGACUGAGUGCAGAGGGAUAAAUCACAGUCAGAAUUCAAUCCAUCAGCCGUGGAUGCUGCAGUCAUCUGUGGCAUUUGCUGAGCUGCCAAACGUGUUUAGUGAGCAGGGACCCUAUGGAUUCUGCAAAUAUGUUAAUUGUUGCGUCAUCGAGAGAUGCAAAAUUCUUUUAUUGUUUAAAGUAUUAAACUAUGGUAAUUAACAAUGCAAAACAGGUUUAAAAAGUGCUUUGUUUUUAUGAUUUCUUGUUCCUACAGUAAUGUUUCUUUAGGCAGCUGGACAGCAACCAAUAUUUAUUUCUGCUUCUUAAAGCGCAGCAAUGGCAUUUCCUCAUUUGAUUUUAUCUGCAGGUCCAUUAUACCAAUGUUUUGAUUAUUAAAAUCUCUGUGCAAUGAGCUCUACAAAUUGGCACAUUAUUUAAAUGCUGCAAAGUGAUUUGAAAAUUGUAUUACCCAUUUCCUAUUUGGCAGGGAAGGUCUGACAGGAAGAUUCUUCAGUUAUGACUCUAGCAUGUGCAAGAGAAAAAUUACACAAAUUGCAAUAAUCUUCCUGUCAAAAGUAUUAUAGUGCACAGCACUCAGGAAAAAAAAAAGAUAUUCUGCUUUUCCAUGAAGAAGCACCACCACAUUCUUCAGUGAAGUGCACAUUCUGCUGGUGUGAAUUCAAACUUAGCCAACAUAUCCUGCAUUUAUACCAGGCUGAAUUUAACUCUACAGCUUACUUUUGUGUAGGGAAAGCUCUGCAUACAUAAUGAAUGAGAUCAUCAGAUAAGUUUUAGGAAGCAGGGACUCAUCUUGCAUGAAGAACAGCAUUAUUUUAAAGCAGCAGAAACUCCAGCUUGACAGGUAGGAUUUGGCAGAGUGUGUGCAAACCCUGACCUCUCAUGGUAGCACUGAGACAAAAAAAAAAUUUAAAAAUAUUUAAUAACACAGUCUUCUAUGGUGACCAAUUGAAUUUGGAGUGUAAAAUCAAGACCUUAUUCCUGGGUGACUUUAUCUGCUUCCCCUCUGUUUUAUGCCUAAUUCAUUCAGCAAUCCUUCACUCCCAGAAGAGACACACUUAUUUUAAAUAACUACACAAAAUCUCAUUGCCAAAAGCUGCUAGAAUUAGAAAUUGAUACAGAGCCCCUCUGAACAAAUGAAUUUCUUAAAACUGUGCACGGAUGGCAGUACCACCAUGUGCUUUGUUUUCCAAAAACUGCAGGAACUGAAAAUCAAAAGGAAGACAUAGCAGAAAGGCUAAAAAUUUGUUAUUCAUAAAGUUCAAGGUAUUAUGGGUAUUUACCAUCAGACAAGAAGUUAUUUGAUGCUUUGUGUGUGCUCUGUGGGGGUGAAAAAGCUUAGUACACAAAGCCAAAUCUGUUAAAUUUCUUUAUUCUGUCUGUGGACCAGUCUAGCUGUGAGCAUGUUAUUUAAGAAUGUUCUUUGUGACUGUCAGUCAUGGGGAUAGGAGAACCAUGGGGAUAUAAAGCAACAACAGCCUCAUUCCAACAGAAAGGCACUUACACAAUGAGCCAAGGUGUGUAGGAAGGCCAUGAACCUGCAGAUCUGUACUCAUCUGUCUGACAAGGCUGGGGUUGCUCAUGUUUGGCUGUGAAUAACUGCUUCUCUUCCUGAGAAAACUAAACAAGGCUCUGGAAAUAAGGAUAUCACAAUCCCUGUGAUAGCCAAGACCUGUUGUCCUUUUAAUUUUUUUUAUACCUCUUCUCAAUGGUAAAUAAUUAUUUGGAAUGAAGACUGAACACUCAUUUAUGCAGAAUUCCAGGUUUUAAAUAAAUAUCUGCUGGCCAGGGGCAAAGAAAUAAAGCAAAUCUAGCUGGGU